UUCUUCUGCUCCACCUACUGUCGGUUCUCUUGCUCUACCUAUCAUCAAUUCUUCUGUUUUACCUACUGUUGAUUCUUCUGCUCUACCUAUCAUUAAACCUUCACCUUCUAAAUUUUCAUCUUCAACUAUUAAACCUUUAUAUUUUAUUAUUGCAUCAUCCUCUGAUUCUAUUACAAAAUCUGAUUUAGUAAGUGAUACUAAAUAUUGA